CUCGCAUACCUAGUACCUAGUAGGUAAUCGAUUGCGCUCCAGUGCUGUGAUUAGGCUACUGUGGGGAGCUUGACGUCGUCGCUGAAGCUGCCUAAGAGCAGAGCCUUCCUUCUAUUUCCAUCUAGACUUACAAACGUCACAUCAUAACCUUAACUUUGUUAACACUAGACGUUACCUGACAACUUGGAACUUCCCUCUUUCCAGUUGUACUUAUGGUUAGACGGUACCUAGACAAUUAAACGUUGACCGUUUUCACAAACUUCAUUCAACACUAUUUGUCCACCAUCCACAACCUUGACCGAUUACCAACACCGACAUCUAUUCCAACAUGGCGAGCAGCGUCGAUCACGAUGCUCUCACCAGCGAGCUCAUAGGCAUGACCGGAGCGUCGGCGGAACAGGCUACGCAGUACCUAUCUGCCUGCAACUGGGACCUCGCUGCUGCUACCCAAGCCUUCUUUGCCGACGAAGAAGAUGGUACAGCUGCUCCUCUCGAGAAUCUCGGUGCUACCAGCUCCUCGAGUUAUACAGGCCCGCGCACCCUCGAUGGUCGACCCGCCCCGCAAGCAAUUCCCACCACCUCUAGCUCGUCCAAGCGACCACCCAAGAAGAAGGGACUCGCCACCUUAAGUUCUCUCGGAGGCGGUCACGAUCAUGACGAUGACGACGACGAUGAAGACGAUGAGGAUAUUCACAGAGACACAUACGCUGGAGGUGAGAAGAGUGGAUUAGCCGUUCAAGACCCGAGCCAGCGCAGUUCUGAUCCCAGACGAAUUCUCAACGACCUCCUUGCGAAGGCCAAGAGCAACUCCCAACGUCCCGAUGCCACAACCGCCGUUGGCCCCUCCAGCUCGAGUUUUUUCCGCGGUUCCGGUCAGACUCUAGGUGGCGAAGGCACUCCCAGUCGCACCAUUCCCGACCCCUCCGGACAUCCUGCUCCCAGCAGUCUCGCACGCCCCCAAGGUGGAGAGGUUCAAGAGCGAACGCUACAUCUAUGGCGCGACGGAUUCAGCAUCGACGAUGGAGACUUGCGUCGAUUCGACGACCCCCAGAAUACCGAAGCUUUGCGUAUGAUCCAAGAAGGUCGUGCACCCAUCCAAUUGAUGAACGUUCGAUACGACGAGCCCCUCGAUGUCAAGUUGCAACAGCACGAUGAGGAGUACCGAGUUCUUCCCAAGGUUUACAAGCCAUUCGGCGGUGAGGGUCGCCGUCUUGGAAGCCCCGUGCCGGGCGAGUCUGCUGGUGCUGCGACCACGACCACGACGUUGUCCACUCUGUCAACCUCGUCAACUCCUGGCACGGCUGCGGCGUCCUCCUCGUCAACGCGCCCUAGCACAUCGGUAGACGAGUCUCAACCUACGAUCAUGAUCCGCAUCCAGAUGCCCGACGGUACACGAUUGCCGGCUCGAUUUAACACAUCGCACACGGUCAACGACGUGUACGACUUUAUCUCUCGAUCCUCGCCUGCGCUGAGCGCCGGCGGAUGGGUGUUGGCUACGACGUUCCCCAACAAGGACCAUACGGACAAAUCGCUAGUGCUGGGAGACAUGGCAGAGUUUAAGAAGGGUGGCACUGCUAUGGUGAAGAGAAACAAAUGAGUACGGGAGUGUCGUUUCUGAUAUGCUAGGCGUUUAUCGCAUGAUAGAACUGCAGUUCCUAGAUUUGCCUAGGUAGCUAUGACAUUAGAUGCAGAGGCAUAGACAGUCGCCUAUUGCGAAUCUGAAGAGACGAUUCCUGAAUUGUGGUU